AUGUCUCAGCUCGUUUGGCUUGUCACUGGCUGCUCCUCCGGCUUUGGCUCACAAUUUGUACAUCAAAUCCUUUCCCGAGGCGACAAGAUCAUCGCAACUGCCAGAAACAGUGCAAGGAUUGAGUCACUUGCCAGUCAAGGAGCAGCUGUCCUUGAGCUGGAUGUCACUGAUACGCAAGACAACAUUGAUCAAACCAUCGCCAAGGCCAUUGCUAUCUAUGGGCGUAUCGAUGUAUUGGUAAACAAUGCUGGGUUUGUAGCUGCUGGAUCUUGGGAGGAUCUCAGUUAUGAUGAAUUUGUUUCCUCCUUCGAAACCAAUGUCUUCGGGCCGAUCAAGGUUACGCGUGCAGUGCUUCCGCAUAUGAGAGCCAGGAAAGCAGGAACCAUGGUAUUCAUUAGUUCUUUGUCUGGCUUUGUCGGGCAUCAGUUUACUGGAGCUUAUGCGGGAUCAAAGUUUGCUCUUGAAGGCGUUGUUGAAAGUCUGCACAAUGAAACAAAAUCUCUCGGUCUUCGCACUCUCUUGAUGGAACCUGGACGCUUUCGAACCCCUCUUCUGUCAACAGGCCACCUUCGGGCAAAGCAGAGCCAGAUUCCCGACUACCAGUCGGCGUCUGAGACUCACCAUGGCCACCUUCAUGGCGGAGAUCUAAAGCAGCCUGGAAACCCAGAAAAGUUCGUUGCGGUUGUGCUGGACUUGGUUAAAAAAGAGGGCUGUGCACAGGGAAAAACUAUUCCGUUUCGUUUACCCGUUGGGAAAGAUGCGGUAGAAGAGAUUGGGGCUAAAGUCGGGGAUAUCUUGGAGAUAAUGAAGGAGUGGGAUUCUGUUAUCACAGAAACUGAUUACUAG